CCGAUGACGCUCGUCGUGCCGCUCAGAUUCGAGAAGAGCAAGGACAAACACACGGAAGAAUGAACCUCAGAUAACACAUGCCGACCGGCGGAAUGCUCACCGCCUUCAAAGCCCAGGCGAUCCACGAGCUGAAGCCGAAAGACCGGGCCAAGAUCGAGUCUCUCCUCGCCUACGGUGACAGACUGCUCGUCGGCCUCAACACUGGCUGGCUCAAAGUCUACCGGGUCAACGAGACCUCCAUCGCCGACCACCCCGCCGACAAUGCCGACGUACCGCCUCCGUCACCCAGCAAAACGAAGGCUAUAGAGCUGCUGCGCGACGUGGAGAAGUUCAGCAAGAAGCCCAUCCAGCAGCUGGCCAUCAUCAAGGAGGUGAAUGUGCUCGUCAGCCUGAGCGAUGCCUAUGUCAGCCUCCACGACCUCCAAACGUACGAGUUGGUCGACAAGCUGGAAAGAUCGAAGGGCGCAACCUGCUUCACCGUGACCAGCAACGUUGUCAAAGAUCCCGACACCGGAGUUCCCGGCCUGGUAUCCAGGCUCGCGGUCGGCGCCAAGAGGAGAAUUGUAUGUUGGACAUGGCAAGAUAUGGAGCAGCUGCCCGAUGUGACGGAGGUGAGCUUGGAGAUGAACAUAAGGAGCUUGCUGUGGAGCACGGGGACCCAGCUGGUCGCUGGCAUGGAUGCAGGCUUCAGCGCUGUGGACGUGGAGACACUAGACAUCACGCCAAUCAACAGACCGGCAUCUCGCGUCUCCAGUGACACCGGCUCCGCAGAGCUUGCUGGCAUAAGAUUCGGUGCAGUGAGCAGCAGUGGGAUGAGCUACAUGGUGGGCGGCUGGACCCCGAAACCAAUGGCCACAGGACUUUCGGACGGCCAGGUAUUGCUUGCAAAAGAUGUAAACACGCUAUUCGCCGACAACGAAGGAAAAGCGCUGGAGAAGAGGCAGGUGCCUUGGUCAGCAGCGCCUGAGGCAAUCGGCUACAGCUACCCAUACCUCCUCGCUCUGCAAGCUCCUGAGAGAGGCGCGCUUCAGGUUCGAAAUCCCGAUACGCUCUCACUGUUACAGACCAUCCCCGUUCCGCUCGCGACGAUACUACAUGUGCCGCCUCCGAACAUCAGUCUUGCACACGCCGGAAAACGCUUUCUGGUAGCCUCAGAACGGGUCAUUUGGCGGAUGAAUGCUCUGCCUUACGACAGUCAAUUGACACAACUGGUGGAUAAACAGCGCUACGACGAAGCCAUCAGCCUGCUUAACCUGCUCGAAGAUACACUCAUUGAUGAGAAAGCGAAAAGGAUCCGGGAGAUCAAAAUUCAGAAGGCCACGGGCUUGUUUCGCGAACGGAAAUAUCGAGCCAGUCUUGACCUGUUCACAGACGCGGAUGCUUCGCCUGAUCGUGUGAUCAAAUUGUACCCGCGAAGCAUAGCGGGAGAUUUGUCAGAGCUGCCCGAAGAACCCGAAGACGAUGCUCAGCCAGAGAGCGUCGAAGAGAGUGACGCCAAAACCGAAGACGCACCGAAAGAGCCUCCGGCUACUCCAGGCAAAUCACUACUGGACCGAGUCACCGGUCACGCCCGCAAAGAACCUGAUAACGAAUCCAUUAAAUCUUCUGCAGUCGCGGACUCCGCUGCAUCAAGUCCGCACAAGCGCAACGUAUCCAAGCCGACCGCCCCCGAGAAGGCGCUUGUGGGCGAGGAUUUGAAGGUGGCGGUGUGGUGUUUGACAUCAUUCCUGGCGCAGGCACGGAUCGAGGUUCAGAAAUACCUCAACCCUGACGGUACGCUCAAAGAAAAUCCGCCAGUGCUCGAUCCUGAUACCGGCCAACCCGCUUUCGCCAACUUGCUCCCGCAGGACGUGAUUGUAGGGGGCACGAAGGACAUUGACUGGCAAGCCGAGCUGCUCCAGGUUGCCCAACUCGUCUAUACGUCUCUGUUUCGAUCGUACAUGCUCGCAUCACCAUCCCUCGCCGGCUCCUUGUUCCGCAUCGACAACUUCUGCGACCCCGAGGUCGUGCAAGCGAGUCUUUACGAAAGCCAUCGCUACAACGAUCUGAUCGACUUCCUACAUGGCAAGAAGCUUCAUCGCCAAGCGCUGGAGAUGCUCAUGAAGUUCGGCAAAGGAGAAGCUGAUGGGGAAGUACCUGAGGGCAUGCAAGGGCCUGAACGGACCGUGGCCUACCUGAAACAGCUGCCGCCAGAACUCAUUGAUUUGAUUCUGGAGUUUGCGGCGUGGCCAGUGCGAGAGAAGCCGGAGGUUGGCAUGGACGUGUUUCUCGCAGACACCGACAAUGCAGAACGUUUGCCGCGCGAGAAAGUGUUGCACUUCCUCGCUGAUAUCGAUGAACGACUGGAAGUGCGGUACUUGGACCACAUCAUCAACGAGCUGGGAGAUCAGACGCCUCGAUUCCACCAGCAGCUAGUAGAUUGCUAUCUACAGGAACUCAAGAGUCCAACAAUUGGCGACGAUGGCAAGCAGGAUGUCCGACAGAAACUGGAGGCCUUCCUUCGGACGAGCAAGGAGUACAAAACGGACAAGACGCUCGCGCAACUGCCGACCGACGAUCCGCUCUUCUUCGAAAUCCGCGCAAUCGUUCUGAGCGCAAUGGGCGCCCACGAGCAGGUGCUGACCAUCUACGUCUUUCAGAUGCACGACUACGACAAAGCAGAAGCCUACUGUACCAAGACGUACUACCUCGCCGAAGAAGGCGGCGAGCAGUCGACGUUUGUAAACGGCACGACCACACCCAACCUCAAAAAGCCCCAUUUCCAGCGCACGCAGACGCAAGUAUCAAAGGACAAGCCCAACAUCUUCGCCACACUACUCCGCUUAUACCUCAAACCCCCAUCACCCAACGACGCAACCCGCUGGCCGCAAGCCCUCGAUCUGCUGAGCCGACACGGCGCCCGACUACCCGCCAGCAGCACGCUGAACAUGAUGCCCGACGACCUCGCGCUCGCCAAGUUGGAAGACUACUUCCGCGGGCGCCUGCGGCACUCGACAGCCAUUUCGCGGCAGGAGAGGAUCGUGCGGACGCUCGAGAGCGCGCGGCUCGCGAAGACGGAGCGCCUGCUGCGCCUCGGCACGGAGCGGGAGAUUGAGCAGGGCAAGCCGGGGAUGCGCAGUCGGCGCGUGCGGAUCACGGAGGAGGACCAUUGCCGCGUGUGUCAUAAGCGGUUUGGAGCGGCUGCUAUUCGCGUGCAUCCGGAUGGGGAGGUGGUGCAUUAUGGGUGUGGAGGGAAGAGGGAGAGGGAGGGGGGAUUCGGAUGAGUAGUGUGCUUGGUACCUGAUAUACCCCACCCACGUGACUGAACACUGUGUAUUUGAUGGCGUUUUUUCGAGUGUUACUUGUCAAAUGUUGCCACGAUGCCUGUCUCAAUUGAGUAUGUACUUGCAGGUGGCGUGGUGAUGAAACACCAUCUGCGCCCUUCGCACGUGG